AGAGAAAAUUCUUUAAGUAGUAAUUCAUAUUUAUAUAUAAAAUGUAGAGAAAUUAUAAAUAACGAAGGUAUAAGUUCUGAUAAAAAACAAUUAAUGUUAGAAAAUUUUAUUUUAAAUUAUGAAAAAGAAUUUACAUAUCAUAUAAUAAAAAAUAUGGAUUCAAGCUUAAAUGAUUUUAAAUUAUUAACUAGAAUUUAUAAACAUUCAACUCCACAGUUUAGAGAUAGAAUUCAUAUAUUUAUUGAAAAUAAUAGAAAAAGAAAUUAUGAAGCUUAUUUAAAAAAUAAAAACGAUAUAUCUAAACUAGAUCAACAGCUAGCUUUAGUUUUAUUUAUUAGUAUUGACACUGAUCAAUUAAUAAAUAUGCUUUUUAGUAAGGUUGUUAGAUUUAUUGGUUUAUCAGGUGGAAUAACACAAAAUGAAUUAUUAGGUAAUUUAUCUGAAGAAAUGUUAAUUUUAUUAAAAUAUAAUAUUAAAAAAAAUAAUAAAUUUUUAGAAAAUUUAUCUGAACAAGAAAUAAAUAUUAUUAAAGAUAUUGAAGAAAAAUUAGAUGUUUUACCUCAUGAAACUAAAUAUAAAUUUGGAUCUUUAUUAUUAGAACUUAUUUUAGAUGAAUUUGAUUAUAUAUUUACUAAAAAUAGUAUCUUUGAAAAAAAUGAACAUUACAUUUAUAUAUCUAUUAAACCUAAUUAUUUAGCAAUUUUAACUAGUUCUAUUUUUAAUCCAAUAAAAAUACCUAUGAUAGCAAAACCUAAAUUGUGGGAAUAUAAUAUCUCUAGUGAAUCUAAAAAUAUUGAAAUAACAAAAUUAGGUGGAUACUACUUAGAUCAAUAUAAUGAAUUAAGUAAAAAUAAUCAAGUUAUUAGACAACAUCCUUAUAAUAAAUUUAAUAGUGUAAUAUCAGAAGAUCAAAUAAAAUGUAUUAAUUUUUUAAAUAAUAUACCAUUCAAGAUUAAUAAAGAUAUGUUAAAUAUAAUUAUUAAAGAAUGGGAAAAUAAAGAUAGUAAUUUAUUUAAAGGUUUAAAUAAACCACAUCCAUUAACAAAUGAAUUUGAAAAUGUAAAAUCAUCAAUUAAAAAAGAUAUAUUAUCUCAUAAUUCUAAAUAUUGGAUUAAUACAAAUAUUAUUAAUAUAGCUUUAUUAAUGAAAGAUCAAACUAUUUAUUUUACAACAUUUUUAGAUUUUAGAGGAAGAAUUUACCCUACAUCUCAUUAUUUAAAUUAUCAAAGUAAUGAUUUAGCUAGAUCAUUAAUAUUAUUUAAUGAUAUAACGGAAAGUAUUAAAGAUAGUAGAUAUAACGAAGUAUUACAAGAAAUACUAGAUGAUAAUUCAUAUGAAUUAACAUCACAAAGUAAAGUUAAAAAUUUAAAAUUAAAUGAUAUAGAUUAUUUUAAAAUAUAUUUAGCAAAUACGUUUGGUAAAGAUAAAUUAAGUAGAAAAGGUAGAAUAAAUUGGGUUAAUUCUAAUAUUGAUGAUAUUUUAAAUUCAUUUAAAACAGAUUUUAACAUAUUUAAAGAUAAUUACUUAUUAAAUAGUAAAGAACCUUUCCAAUUCUUAGCUUGUAUAAUUAAUUAUAAUAAAAUUAAUGAAAAUGUAAAUAAAAAUGAAAUAAAAAUAGAAGUACCUAUACUAUUU